CAGAUGGAGCAGAGGCUCGGCCAGAUCCGCAACGAGAUCUCCGAGCAGAACUCCAAGAUCAGCAACGUGCAGUCCGAGAUUGCCGAGCUCCGCCAGUGCCCGGAGCGAUCCGCGCAGAAGCCCCCAGUGCCACGCAAGCUGUUCCUGCUGGCCGCCAACAUCGACGCGACCGAUGUGGACAUCGAGGGUGACCCCAUUGCCAAGCGAUUCCCUUUGCGAUUGAAAGGUGUCGAUGGAUACGCUUCUCGCCGCGUCAACCAGACCCUCGGAGCCAUGCGCGCGCUCGGCCCGAACCCUGGUUUGAUGCAGUUCACUGCGAAGACCACCACCAACGCCGAUGCUUCUCUCUACGUCAGCAGGGAUAAGAACCCGUUCCAGAUCCAGCGAGAGAUCAGCCUCAAACUCUUGCGCUCUGCCGUCGAGCACGAGUACCCUAGUCGCCCAUUCUAUUCCGACAAGCAGAAAGGGGAACUCAGCUUCAGUUGGAAGGCGUUCGCACGCAUCACCCCGCGCACUGGCUUGGGAGAAGCACCGCAGAUCGAAUGGGCCAAGAACCACAUCGACAGCCUGGGUUUGGACAAAGCGAAGCUCUCCGAGAUUACGACCAAG